CUUUACAAUUUUCAGCUAUGAGCUGUGGAUGGGGUGGAUAUGCAUAAGAAGUGAAUAUAUACCAGGACUCUGCCGAAGAAACAGUCGAAUGAAAUAAGAGCUUGUGCCAGCAAGAUCUAUUUUUUUCUCUUCAUUUAAUUCAAGUCCUCUGGGUUAAAUACGUUUCAUCAUGUUUUUUGGAAAGUCAGCAAUCAAAAACCUUUGCACUUUUGGCCGCGUCCCUGCCAUUAAACUGUCAGAAGGCACACACUGCAAGUCAGUUUGCGAGAACUACCUAACAUCAUGCCAUGAUUACGAUCUGAAAGGCGUUGUCAUCAAGGAUUUUGCAGAUGAAUGCAAAGGCAUACAAGCUUGUGGAAGCAAUGAUUCAAUACUGCAGGUAUGUUCUAUUGACCUGAUUAAAUGCAGGAAAGGACCAAAUCGACAGGAGCAUCACACAAAUUAUUAUCUUAGUGAUCAUCUCAUCGUUCGUAGAGGACUGUCUUUUCACAUGUGGGUCGAGCUGUCUCGACCUUUUGUUCCAAAUAGAGAUAAACUUCACCUGGAGCUGAAACUAGGUAACGUCCCAUCACUACAGAAUGGAACAUAUGUAAUUGUUCCUGUAGUAGAAGAAUUCAAGAAAGACUGCUGGGGGGCCAAGAUUGUCGAACGCGAGCAAAACCGAAUCAAGUUGUGUGUUAAUUCCCUUCCAACCGCUGCUAUCGGACGAUACAACCUCACUGUUGUAACACACUGCCCAGGGGGCAGAUAUAUUUCCCCAUGCAUCCCUGACAAUGAUAUUUUCAUGCUGUUCAACCCCUGGUGUAGAGAUGACUGUGUGUACCUGGAGGAUGACGUAGAGAGAACUGAGUAUGUGCUGAAUGACAUGGGCAGAAUCUACUAUGGAACUAAGCAACAGAUCGGCUGCAGAACAUGGAACUUUGGCCAAUUUGAUGAGGGAGUCUUGGCUGCAUGUUUGUAUGUGUUGGAAAGGAGUGGUGCCCCUUGCUCAGGAUGGGGAAGCCCUGUUAAUGUCGCCAGGGUUGCAUCUGCCAUGGUUAUUGCCAAUGACGACUGUGGUGUGUUGAUGGGUAACUGGUCGAAUUGCUAUAAAGGUGGGAUUGCUCCAACAACCUGGUGUGGUAGCAGUGCUAUCCUGAAGCAGUACCACAAAAGUGGGGGAAUACCUGUCAAAUAUGGGCAGAGUUUGGUCUUCGCUGGAGUCACCAACACAAUGUUGAGAUGUUUGGGUAUUCCAACUCGUCCUGUCUCCAACUUUUUGUCGGCUCAUGACACUGACGUUUGUUUGACGACAGACAUUUAUUUUGAUGAGAAAUUUGAGCUAAUUGAGCACAUGAACUGUAAUCCAAUCUGGAACUUCCAUGUGUGGAAUGAGUCUUGGAUGUCUCGUCCAGACCUGCCGUCUGGUUUAGGUGGUUGGCAGGUGGUUGAUUCCACUCCUCAGGAGACCUGCCAGGGAAUCUUGCACUGUGGUCCCACAUCUGUUGCUGCAAUCCGCAGCGGGCAGGUCUUCCUCAAGCAUGACGCACCCUAUCUUUUUGCAGAAGUGAACAAUGACAAGGUCUACUGGCAGCGGAGAUGUGAUGGGACCUUUGGCAUUGUCCAUGUUGACAAGAACGCUGUAGGUCACUGCAUCAGCACCAAGGCUGUUGGCUCAGAUCAACGUGUAGAGAUCACUCACCUCUACAAGCAUCCACUAGAUACAGAUGAACAGCGUAUUGCUUUGGAAACGGCCAUUCGCCAUGGCUCCAAGCGAUGCAUAUCCCCAUUGCCCUGUGCCAGGGACGUAAGUGUUAAAGUCACCAUACAGGGAGAAGGACCAUGUGUGGGCAAGGAUGCUGUGCUUUCCAUCGUUCUAAAGAACACAUGCAACUCAACUCGAACCAUCACGCUCUACAACCAGGUGGCAGCCACAUACUACACUGGAGUUCACAAAGCGUUACUGAAGAAGGGCCAGAUAAACAUUGAGUUGAAGGCAUGUGAGGUCCAAACUCUACCAUGGACCCUGCAUUAUGAUGAGUAUAAGGACCAUAUUGUAGACCAAGCGGCGCUGAUGCUCAAUCUCUUUGGACAAGUCACUGAGACUAGUCAGAUUCUGGCCAAACAGUUUAACUUCAGACUGCGCACACCAGAUCUUGUUAUUACUCCUGUAUGUGAUGGCGUAGUGGGCAAAGAGAUUGCAGUCAAAAUCACAUUCCAGAACCCACUGUCUUGCGCACUAAAGAACGUGAUUUUCCGUAUUGAAGGACUGGGGCUGCAGCAUGCCAGAAUGAUUACCUAUGGUGACAUUGCAAGCCAGGCUACAGUGAAUCUGAUGGAGAGAUUUAUUCCUGUGCGGAGCGGCCCACAGAAACUUCUGGCAUCACUCGACUGUCCUCAGUUGACUCAAGUGCAUGGAUUUGCCAACAUCGCUGUCAAAAAACAGUGAAAGAAAGCACUCAAAGUAACUGUAACUAGGCCUAUAAAAGUUUAAAGUUGUCAGUGAAAAGAAAGUGAUGGGGAUUGCAUGUAUCAAUAAAACCUUUAAAUGUGCUUAAAUGUGCAUGGUUUGUGAUUGUGUUGUGGAAUGUGAAUGAAAUGGAUUGAUUUAACUGUAAUUAAACAACAGGCUGCACAUGUUAAGUUUUGAUCUCGGAGACUUGUUCUUUAAGGAUAUUAUUGGUUUAUUUAUCUUUAUCUCAUUUAUAAUUAUUUUAGGAUAUUGAAUAUGAUUUUUUUCCAUGGUUGAAGUGCUUAUCUAAUCUGAUCACUAACUUUAAUACUGUAUUUUGAGAUAAUUACCUGCAUUCCAUGUAGCCUCAGCAGCAUUAAUAAAAAAAUAUUUCUGUUUACAAAAAUCUGUCAGUUUUACAUCAUUCUAAUGC